AUGCUAUCAACCCUAGCAUCUAAUACUUUCUUCACUGCCGAUUGCGACCCCAGUAAUGGCGCAAUGAAACGGCAGAGUGUAGGAUUUUAUGCUCUUAGACGAUUGGUCGCUCCGAACGUCGUACAUUAUCACGGCUGUGGUGCAAUAUCUCGCCAAUUGUGCGAGCUGAGACAGGGAGUUGUUACGGCUUUUGGCAAGCUGCUUGGUUUUGGUACUUAUCUAUGA